CCACUCCUCCAGCGCGUUCCCAGCAAGCCCUACGCCUUAGGCUCAGCGCAGGACACGCUCUCGUCGCCAACAGGGCUGCGGACGGAGCCGAAGCCCGGCCCGCGUCCACCGAGGCACGGCUUGCAGACCCCGCCCGCGCGCUCAGUGCGCCCGCGCGCGCAGUGGCCACUGAGACUCCGCAGCUCCUCGCCUCGUGGCUCCGCACCAGCCAAUCAGCGCGGCCGGGGGCGGAGCUUCUCGGGGUGAGCGGGCGGCAGGGAGCGACUUCCGGCAAUACUGCUUGGGCGGCGCCCCCUGUGUGCACCGGGUCACCGUUCACCAGGUGGGGACCGCAGGAGAACCAUGCCAUUUCUGGGUCAGGACUGGAGAUCUCCUGGGUGGAGUUGGAUUAAAACUGAAGAUGGCUGGAAAAGAUGUGAUUCCUGUAGUCAGGAGCUUGAAAGUGAGAACAGCCGGUGUACUGUCACUCAUGACCUUAUCUUAAACAGUGAAGAUGAAGAAAUAUUCAAUAAUGAAGAGUGUGAAUAUGCAUCAAAAAAAAGGAAAAAGGACCAUUUCAGAAAUGACACAAAUGCCCAAAGCUUUUAUCGUGAAAAAUGGAUCUAUGUCCAUAAAGAAAGCACAAAAGAAAGGCACGGUUAUUGUACCUUGGGAGAAGCCUUUAACCGGCUAGACUUUUCAAGUGCAAUUCAGGAUAUCCGAAGGUUCACUUAUGUGGUCAAACUGUUGCAGCUGAUUGCAAGAUCGCAGUUAACUUCGUUGAGUGGUGUGGCACAGAAGAAUUACUUCAACAUUUUGGAUAAAAUCGUUCAGAAGGUUCUCGAUGACCACCAGAAUCCUCGCCUGAUCAAAGAUCUUCUGCAAGAUCUGAGCUCUACCCUGUGUAUCCUUAUCAGAGGAGUAGGGAAGUCAGUGCUAGUGGGGAACAUCAAUAUUUGGAUUUGUCGCUUAGAAACUGUCCUCGGCUGGCAACAGCAGCUACAGAAUCUUCAGAUGACUAAGCACGUGAACAGUGGCCUCACCCUCAGCGACCUGCCCUUGCACAUGCUGAACAACAUCCUGCACCGCUUCUCAGAUGGGUGGGACAUUGUCACUCUGGGCCAGGUGACACCCACCUUGUAUGUGCUCAGUGAGGACAGGCAGCUAUGGAAGAAGCUGUGUCAGUACCACUUUGCUGAGCAGCAGUUUUGUAGACAUUUGAUUCUUUCAGAAAAAGGUCAUAUUGAAUGGAAGUUGAUGUAUUUUACACUUCAGAAAUACUAUCCAACUAAAGAACAGUAUGGAGACACCUUACAUUUUUGUCGACACUGCAGUAUUCUUUUUUGGAAGGACUACCACCUCGCGUGGUUAUUCAAGGACUCAGGACACCCCUGCACUGCGGCUGACCCAGACAGCUGCUUCACCCCCGUGUCUCCACAGCACUUCAUCGAUCUCUUCAAGUUCUAAAGACAGCCCUCAUCCAUGCUGUCCCUGUCGGAGGCAACACUUUACUUUCUGUGUAGUAGGUGUUUCCUGUGACCAAAAGCCAUGGCUGAGAGUCCCUGAGUCCCUGGCAUCUGGAAGGAACGUGAGAAACUGCCCUCAGCCGCUGUGUUGUUGUAUAUUUCCAUCUCUAAAGGGGUCAAGAGAUCCAAGCAAAUCAUUUCUAUGUCUGUCUUUAAAACUUCUCUUCUUCUAAGCACAUUAAAAUUUGGAAUUUUGUAUAUUUACAAAUACAGAUCAAAGAUUUUAGAGCCUACAUUAUAUGUUGAACUGACACAACCAACCCAAGAAUAUGUUUCACAGUUGUCAAAUUAGUUUUCCACCUUAUAAUACCUGGGGCACAAGAUAAAACAAUUGAUCCUUGGAAAUACAUUGUGCAGAAUAUUUAUUUUUCUUAAAAUGUAAUUUCAUGACUACA